AGCAACCCAUCCAUGGCGCUGUCGUUCCCCGUGAGGCGGCGCGCGCCGGAGCUCAUUGCCCCCGCCGCGCCGACGCCCCGCGAGACGAAGCGCCUCUCCGACUUGGACGAUCAGGAGACACUGCGGUGGCAGGUCCCCACCGUCUUCGUCUACCGUGCCGGGCGAGCUGACCCCGUGGACACCAUUCGCCGGGCGCUCGCCGCGGCGCUGGUGCCGUACUACCCGUUCGCUGGGCGGCUCAGGGAGGUUGAAGACCGUAAGCUCGUCGUCGACUGCACCGGCGAGGGCGUUCUGUUCAUCGAGGCCGAUGCUGACCUCCUCGUUGCCGACCUCGAGGCCGCCGGGCUAAGGGCGCCGUUCCCGUGCAUGGAUCAGCUUCUCUUCGACGUGGAGGGCUCUGCCGGCGUGCUCGGCACGCCAUUGCUGCUGAUCCAGGUGACCCGUCUCCUAUGCGGAGGAUUCGUCCUCGGGAUACGCCUCAACCACGUCAUGUGUGACGCGUCGGGUAUCGUGCAGUUCAUGGACGCCGUCGCCGACCUCGCACGCGGUGGCUGUGAACCGGCCGUCUCGUCGGUGUGGUGCCGUGAGCUCCUCGAUGCGCGCAAGCCUCCCAAGCCGGAGUUCCGGCUCCCCGAGUACGACGACGUCGCCGUGACCCCGGCGCCGGCAGUGGCCCUCGGAGACAUGCUCAUGCGCACCUUCUCUUUCAGCGCCGCCGAUGUCGCCGCGCUCAAGGGUGCUCUCCCGCCGCACCUCCGUGGCCGCGGCAACCGCGCGACGACCUUUGAGGUGCUUGCGGCGUUCAUCUGGCGCGCACGCUCCAAGGCGCUCGAGAUCCCCGCCGGCGAGGACGCCCGGUUGGCGAUCAUCGUCAGCAUCAAGAAGAACGGCGAGCUUCGCCUGCCCCGUGGCUACUACGGGAACGCAGGCGUGCCGUUGUCGGUGACGACGCCCGCCGAGGCCCUGCGCCGCAGCUCGCUCGGCGACGUCGUCGAGCUGUUGCGUGAGGCGAAGAAGACGAUGACCACCGAGUACGUCCGGUCAGUGGCAGACACGCUGGUGCUGCGUGGGCGGCCGCCUCUGGCCAUGGCGAACCUGUUGUUGCUCUCCGACGUCCGGCUCGUCGGCUUCCACCGUGUGGACUUUGGGUGGGGCGAGCCGGUGUAUGGCGGGCCGUCGCACGCGUGGUUCGGGGUGAGCUACAUGAUCGCCGUCAAGAACAGCACAGGGGAGCAUGCUGUGGCCGUGCCAGUCGUGCUGCCCAGGGCGGCCAUGGAGCGGUUCACGUCGGAGAUGGAAACGCUGCGAAAUUCUCAGCGUGCACACUUCCGGAGUUUACAAACUAGCCGUAUUUAG